AUGAGUUUCCCCGUUGCACCAGCUUUCGGCGCUCUCCGCCUGGCCAGCCUUCGCGAUGUGCCUAGAAUUGCAACGGUUGCCACGGCGGGGUUUUACUAUUCCCCUGUUUUCCCUUGGGAGCGUCGUUUCCAUCGCGACUUUCCCACGGAUACCUUCCGAUCCUACGAGAAGAUGUUCGCCGAUGCUAUCAUCAGCCCAGACUAUAUUGCACUAGUCGUUGAAGAUUCGUACGAUCCAGCCGAGGCAGAAAAGACUGAAGCCACCAUCAAGCCUGAUGUGAAAAUCUCAAGUCCAAAGGCUGGAGACCCUGUCAUUGUAGGUGUCGCAACCUGGAAGCUGCAGCCGAAUUCCACCCGACGAGGUCAAUACAUCACCCCAGAGGAUUCCUCUGCUGGAGGCCAUGGCUUUGACGGUAGCCUUGGAAGAGACAAGAGCCCUUUUCAUGCCGAUAUUCUCGAUGAAAAGUGCGACGCGGCCGAGGAGAAAUAUUUUAAAGGCCACCAACUUGUGGACAUGGUCGUGGUCCAUCCUGCGUAUUGGAGGCGGGGCCAUGGAACACUCCUUGUAAAAUGGGGCAAGGCUCUGGCAGAGAUAGAUAGAGUUGUUCAGGGUGUCAUUGCAGCGGACAUGGGAGAGAAGCUGUACACCUGUUUGGGUUAUGGAAAACUAGAUGAUGUGAGGGCUGUGUCUCAGGAUGGCCCCCCACCACAUGAGGUCCGGGUUGGUGUCCUCCGAUACUCUGGUCCUUGGUCGGCGACGGCCGAGUUGUGA